AUGUUGCGCUGUGUGGUGUUCCUCGCCCUGGCUACCGUAACUCUGGCCAGCUACCAGUCGGUUCGGGUGUACGGCACGCUGACGUGCAAGGGGCAGCCGUACGGAGGAGCCAAGAUCAAGCUGUACGACCAUGAUACAUUCACCCUCGAUGAUAAAUUGGCCGAAGUCCAAUCGAAUUCGGACGGUACCUUUGACAUCGAGGGUGUCGGAAAUGAGCGCACUCGGCUGAACGUCAAGCUGAACAUCUACCAUCGAUGCGACAAAACGAUUCCGCUUUGCUACUACAAAUACUCAUUCCCGAUCCCAUACUCUUACAUCAACUCGGGACCGCGAGCUCAGAACCCCUACAACAUCCAAACCCUCGAACUGUCCAUGCUGGAGAAGAACCGCGACUGUUUCAACAAGAAA